AGCAGAGGCAGGCUCUGCAAGGAGAGCCAGUGGCCCAAGCCCCUGGACGGACUGCAGCUUGCAGACAACUCCUGGUUGGAGAGGUGCUUCUGCACCUCACUCUGAGGUUGGCACCCCCUGCCCAGUGAAGUCUGAGUUCCUGAGACAUCCAGCUAGAGAAUUCCUGCGUCCACCUAAGGUAAGUGCCAUUCCACACAAGAGGAAACCGAGGGAGCACGGCUUCUGAACAGCGGAUCUGAAAAUGACUCCACGGAGAUCCAGAAUGAAAAGGCGGAACCUCCGAAAACCGAAGAUGAGGUUCCUUCUCCUGAACAGGUUCACCCUGCUGCUCCUGCUCCUAGUGAGCCCUACUCCAGUUCUUCAGGCUCCUACCAAUCUCACUGACUCCGGCCUUGAUCAGGAGCCAUUCCUGUACUUGGUUGGACGCAAGAAGCUUCUGGAUGCUCAGUACAAGUGCUAUGACCGGAUUCAGCAGUUGCCCCCUUAUGAGGGAGAAGGUCCAUAUUGCAACCGAACUUGGGAUGGAUGGAUGUGCUGGGACGACACUCCAGCUGGUGUAAUGUCCUAUCAGCACUGCCCUGACUACUUUCCGGACUUUGACCCAACAGAAAAGGUUUCAAAAUACUGCGAUGAAAAUGGAGAGUGGUUUAGACACCCUGACAGCAACCGAACCUGGUCCAACUACACUCUGUGCAAUGCCUUCACUCCUGACAAACUGCAUAAUGCAUACGUUCUUUAUUACCUAGCACUUGUGGGCCACUCCAUGUCAAUUGCUGCUCUGAUUGCUUCCAUGGGGAUCUUCUUGUUUUUCAAGAACCUUAGCUGCCAGAGAGUGACUCUGCACAAGAACAUGUUCCUCACUUAUAUCCUGAACUCUAUCAUUAUCAUCAUCCACCUGGUUGAGGUUGUGCCCAAUGGAGACCUGGUGCGACGGGAUCCUAUGCAUAUUUUUCAUCAUAACACAUAUAUGUGGACAAUGCAGUGGGAACUGUCACCACCCUUACCCCUGAGUGCACACGAGGGAAAGAUGGACCCUCAUGACAGUGAAGUGAUAAGUUGCAAGAUUCUGCACUUUUUCCAUCAGUACAUGAUGGCUUGCAACUACUUCUGGAUGCUGUGUGAGGGGAUCUAUCUUCACACUCUGAUCGUCAUGGCUGUGUUCACCGAGGAUCAACGUCUGCGCUGGUACUAUUUACUUGGCUGGGGGUUCCCAAUAGUGCCAACUAUUAUCCAUGCCAUUACUCGUGCCGUCUACUACAACGACAACUGUUGGCUGAGUACGGAGACCCACUUGCUUUACAUCAUCCAUGGACCCGUCAUGGCGGCUCUGGUGGUCAACUUCUUCUUUCUGCUCAACAUUGUCCGUGUGCUUGUGACCAAGAUGAGGCAAACCCAUGAAGCCGAGGCCUACAUGUACCUGAAGGCUGUAAAGGCCACCAUGGUCCUUGUGCCCCUGCUGGGGAUCCAGUUUGUUGUGUUUCCCUGGAGGCCCUCCAACAAAGUGCUUGGGAAGAUCUAUGAUUAUCUCAUGCACUCUCUGAUUCAUUUCCAGGGAUUCUUUGUCGCGACUAUCUACUGCUUCUGUAACCAUGAGGUGCAAGUGACCCUGAAGCGUCAGUGGGCGCAGUUCAAGAUCCAGUGGAGCCAUCGCUGGGGUAGGCGCCGCCGCCCCACCAACCGAGUGGUUAGCGCUCCUCGUGCUGUAGCCUUUGCAGAACCAGGUGGCCUCCCCAUUUACAUCUGCCAUCAGGAACCAAGGAAUCCUCCAGUCAGCAACAACGAAGGCGAAGAGGGUACUGAAAUGAUCCCCAUGAAUGUCAUCCAGCAAGACUCAUCCGCUUGAAUGCUUGAAUGUGAAGCAACCCCCCAACAUUGUGAUCCACUGAGCCUUCAUUUCCUGGGAGAACGAUAGACCAUGCGUUUCAAGUGAUCCCCAUCCUCCCAGGAGCUAAGCAUAUCAUUUGUGAAGAUGUAUUAAGUGAAUUUGUCCAUAGUGAAUUUGAAGAACGUUAUUCUUGGUACUAUUGCUUUGGGAGUCAGGCUAGGCUCUCAGUGCAACUUGUGAACUCCAUUAUUCAUCUAGGACUGAGAUGACAGUGUUCAUAGGAAUGUAGACAAGGUAUCCAAAACUGCCACUAAAUUGACCUAGUUCAGAUAAGGGUGCUCCAUGUUAAUCUUGAGCCAUUUGUACCUUUGAGAAACUAAAAUCACUCUCAAUGUUUUUAAUUUUAACACUGGACUUUGAAUUAGACUAUUUCUGUAUUUGGCUACGGAUCUGGUUUUUAAUGUUUUUAUUUCAGUCAAUUCCUAUAUUGCACAUUUUUUCAUCCAUACAAUGUCAACUGCACAAAUAACAUGACCUCUGGAAGAUGCUGUGUCUUUUAUAACAUGAUCCACGUCACCAGGCAGACCCAAAUACUGUAAAGAAUUGAUCUGAAUGUUGAGUGUGCUUUGGUCACUGACAUUUAUAAAUUGGGAGGUCAUCAAGAACCUAUCACUAAAUUUUUCACAAAACUGACCCCCCUCAAAUGUAAUUUUCCAUCAAAGAGAACACUCUUUAAAGAUAGUUUUCCACUUUCCUAAACUACAGGAUUUAUAAAGCAAAUCAUUCCAAGGUUUAUAAAGCAGAUUACCUCUUGCCCUUGGGUGCUAUUUAGCAGUGAGGGAUAGAUUUGUUUACGACUGGUAAUUAAAAGACUCCAUUCAAGUCCAUUAACUGCCUUCCACCCAGCUUCAAAGCUUGACAAGAUCCCGUGUUUUCCAGGAAGACUCAGUGUGGCUAAUUACAAAUCAGUUUCUAGUUGACCUCUUGUUUGCUUCUAUUAGCAAAACAAGGAGGGAAAAAAGCAAACCACAAUGUAAGGACUUGGAGUUUAACCACAUAUUAGUUCAUCUUAAAUUAAAGACAAGCUUCUCACCAAAACUCAGUACCAUAUUUCCACGCCUCUCUUUACUCCCCAGAAUGAGAUCUUCCAAGAUCCACAAAUAAACCAAUACCAUUACCAAUUUCUGAAUCUGCAACUGCAAUCAAUUAUCAUUAUUAAUUUGUAUGCUGAAUGAGACGCAUCCUUGAGACCCUUAAAAAUCUCAUCUCCUCUUUGUCAUCUUGUGUCACUGCCUUUCAGAGGUGAUUUAGUUGCGUAAAAACAAAAGUAACUUGAUUUGUUCUGGUUACGUACUUGGUGCACCCAGAGAAAAUUGUAUUUCGCUAGCAGCUGUGGCCCUUGGAUACUGAGAGUCUCCUUUACCAAAAUGGGAGAAUUGAAAGGAAGGAUUUUUUUUCCAAUCACAGUGUUACGUGGUGAUGUUCCCAUGUUUUGUUUACAAACAUUGAAAUCAGUGUAUUUCAGGCAGCUCUGGUACAAAUGUGAUAGUGUAUUGCUGAAGUGUUUGAGACGUUAUUGUGCUUCUGUAGUAGGGGCUGAUGAAAUCAAACUGACUUAUCAUAGCAUUGCAUGUAAUACCUAAAUUGUGUGAAACACUUCUUCUGUGUACUUGUAUAAAUUAAUACAAGCAUGUUGAAAAGGCAAA